AUGUCAACAGGAAGUUAUACCAAGACUGAAGAGUCUGUUGUGAUAACAGAACAAGUUACAGCUGAUGUUCAUGUGAAUGGAUAUGAUCCAACUAGUCCAGGAAUAAGUGAAGUGGCAUAUUCUUUUGGAACUCUACCUCAAACAGAUAUUUCUGCAGACAAUUCUUUUGAUCAGAGUCUGGAAUCUCUGCAGGAAUAUGAUUCUCCAUUUACAAGAGCAGCUCCAACCAGGGUUUCCAGUAAUUCUGCCAUUCCAUAUCCUAUGUUCUUUAAGAGAUCUAAGAAAGAUCCAGGGUCAAAGCAAUACGAUGCAUUAGUGGCUGAACUGAGAACAGUUUUGAAUAAACGCAAGUUAGGACGAAGCAACAGUAUAAUAGAAGGUGUAGACAAAAUUGAUCAAUUUGAAUCAAAUCUUAAAGAAAGUAAAAAGUUCUCCAAAUCUGUGGAUAAUUUAAAUGGAGUGUUUGCCAAUAAAGCCUUACUCAAUCAUCUUGAAAAUCAUUUGAAAGGAACUCUGAGUAAGAGAUUUGCAGAUGCCAAUCCACCUCUUAAAGGUACAAGUACUGGUAAUUCAAGUGAUAAUGAAUCUAAGAAAACAGAUUCGAACUUAACUGAUUCUCAUAUACCAGAAGUAUCUGAAGGAACAUCCAAAGUGUUUGUUUCAGGUCCAAGCAAUAAUAGUAAUUUAAAAUCUGGAACUUUUACUAAAAUAAGUAAUGCUAGUCCCGAUAACUACACAUCUGGAACUUUCACAAAAAUACAUAAUAGAGAUUGUCACACAGAUGAUUUGACUCUCCUCUCAAAUUCUAGUGGAGUCUCAUUUAGUCAAGAGGAUGAUGAUGAUUUUUCCCGCCAAAACACCAACAGAAGACAUCAACAUAAUGAUAACACAUUGGAUAACAACAGAAAUCAUUCACAAUUUACCACUAUUUCUGUAGGCCAGAAUGGUGGUAAUUGGGCAAGUGAUGAUCCUGAUUACUCUACUUUAGAUCAUCAUAGAAACGAACACUCUCCACAAAGAAAGACUAGUUUGGUUCGAAGUGUUUCUCAGAAACUGCAUCAAACUGUUCAAAGAAUAACUCGUAGAGAUGGUAGAAGAAAUAGUAAUAUAAGUAAUGUGUCCAGAAAUAGUAGUAUACAAAGACAUUCUAUUGAUGACAAUUUUAUACGAAGAAAGCCCAAACAAGACAACAUGCAUCACAAAGUGUAUAAUGUAAAGUUUCCAGGGACCCCAGAAGUGUUUCAUGAUACUCAGUUAUCCAGAGCUAGUAGCUUAAUGUCAUUACCAACCAGUCCAGCUAGAAGUUUAUCACCAGAUAAUUCAUAUGCUAUCUCACCACAACCAUCUUACACCAAUAUGAACAAUCAUCAUCCUAAAAUAAUCUUUCCAGUACCAGCUGUAGACUCUACACAUCAUUCUUUACACCGCUCUACAAAUCAACCAUUGAACCACUCUAUGAGCCACCUUAUGAACCACUCUAUGAACCAGUCUGCAAAUCAAUCAUUCCCUGUCCAGCAGACUCUAUCUCAUACAAUAAGUAGUGAUUUUAUGGCAUUGAGCAGAAAUCAGAUUAGUUCCCCUAUAUCCUAUGGAAGUUUUGAUCGAUUGAAUCUAAGUGGAGGACCUUCUCAUCCGUCCUUAUAUAAUAGUCAUACUUUAUCUAGGGAUUACAGCCCUUUAACUCAAAGCAGUCAUAAUAUAUCACAUGGUCUCAGUGGAACUGGUGAUCUUAGUUUCUUAGAUGGUAGACGUAUUGUGUUCCCAGUGCCAAUUGUGGGUGGAGCUAAUGAGAAUGCCCUGCCAAUCACUCAACAGUUACAAGGAACAUUAGAUGCCAAUAUUGAUGGCACUCAUCAUAAUAUUCCUGUUGUUCUUAAUAAUCUGACAUUACAAAGGAAUCCUCAUGAAAAUAGUUCCAAUUCAACUAAUGUGGGAAGUCCAUUUAUACAAGAAAUAGGAGAAGGAGCUCUACCAUCAGCUCAUGGUGAUGGUUUAUAUCGAGGUGAAGAAGAUAGAGUAGCAGCAUUUACCAUAGAUUCUAGAGGUUUACAUGGUGAACCUACCAUUAAAGUUGAUGGUCCUAACUCUAUAGCGAAAGUGAAUCUUGAAAAACGUUCUGAUGGUAAUUAUCUGGUUUCCUAUACACCAGUAGAAGUUGGUACCUUUGAUCUUUAUGUUAAAUGGAAUGGACGAGAUAUUCAUGGAAGUCCUUUCCAUCCUAAAAUUGUUGAUGCCCGUAAAGUUCAAGUUGUGGGAGGAUGGCAACAUUAUAUGGAUCCUCAAGAACGUGUUCAACUUCAUGUUGGAGAAGAAAAGAAACUACCAUUUGAUACUUCAGAAGCUGGUCCAGGAAGAUUAACAGCAGAAGUAAAAGGACCCAGUAGUCAUGUGCAUGCUGUAGUUGAUGAUCAUGAACCUGGUAGAAGUGUUGUCAGGUUUACACCAAGAGAAGAAGGCAAACAUUACAUUCAUCUGUAUUGGUCAGAACAUCCUCUAAAUAACUCUCCCUUCCUGGGUCAUGCUACUGGUGGUUCUCCUGAUCCAUCUAAAGUUAUUUUAACUGGACGUGGAUUAAAGGAAGCUAUUAUUAGAGAGGAGGCUGAAUUUAUGAUUGAUGGAUCUCAUGCUGGACCAGGAAAUCCUGAAGUUCAGUUAACUGGUGUACGAUCAGAAGUUAAUGUUAUAGUGACACCAUUAGGUGGUGGUAAAUUUAGAUGUACUUAUAUACCAUUGAUAGCUGGUGCCUACUUACUACAUAUUACCUGGAAUGGACGUCAACUACGAGGUUCACCAUAUAAAGUCAAUGUUAUUGGAGCAUUCUAUCCUAAUAGGGUAGAAGUAUCUGGUGAAGGAUUGAAAGGUGGUAUGAUGGGAGAUGAUAUUGAUGUUAGAAUUGAUACAAGAAAAGCUGGACCAGGUGAAUUGACGGCUUUCUGUAUGGGACCAACUCAUGCUGCUUUCUGUGAAUUACAAGACAAUCAUGAUGGAAGAUAUAACUUACGUAUCAAACCACAAGAGACUGGACGUCAUGUUCUCCAAAUCAAAUAUGGUGGUGAACAUGUUUUAGGAAGUCCUUAUGCAUUCCGUAUCUCAGCUCAACCAGAUGCUAGUAAAGUCAGAGUUAGUGGACCUGGUGUUGAACAUGGUAUACUGGCCACGUUUCAGAGUCGUUUUAUUGUAGAAACUAGAGGUGCUGGUCAAGGUCAACUCACUGUGAGAAUCAGAGGUCCAAAAGGAGCUUUCCAAGUUGAGAUGUACAGGGACAGUCAGAAAGACCGGACUAUUUUGUGUCGAUAUGAUCCUAGUGAAGUAGGGUUGUAUGUUAUUUCCAUAAGAUGGUCCGGCAUGGAUGUUCCAGGUUCCCCAUUUCAUGUUCAUAUUGUGGACACUCAACAUGAUCUAGAACAGGCCUUACAUGAACAACCCUAUUCUAGUAGUACCAUAAUGAGUCGACAUAGCGGUAACUACUCACAAUGGAGAGAUGAAAUUUAGAUUAUUAUAGCCGUAUUUAAUGUAAUAAGCAUUUAAUUCAAUUUUCUUAACAAAGGGGUGUAAUUCACAAAGGGUGCUCAAGGUUUAACUGCUUAUUAUGUUUAAUAUGGUACUUUCAUUUGAUCAUCUUAACAGUGCUGAAACAUAUAACCAUUUUGUGUUCUAAUACGUAAUUUGACAAAUUGAACACAAACAUAUCAAUCUGUAUAUUUAUGUUAAAGAAUCUGAUAUCAAAAUGUUGGUAAAUUAGGGCUCUCUUUAUCUGCAUUUAUUGAGAUUUUUGAACAAAAUUUAUUGAAAGUUUUGCCAUAUUAUUUAAUUUUUAUUUUUGUUUGUUUAAAUUCUGUUUAUCUUAAUCUGUAACUGAGGUUUUUCACAAAGGAACCUUACUUUGUUAAACUUUGAUUAAAAACUGAUUGAUUGAAUUUAAACUUUCAUUUUGUCCUAAAGGUGACUAAUAAUCAUCUGUAAAAGUAAAAAAAUUAUCACCUAAUAAAUUGUGUUUUCUUCCCUUUUGUAUUGAUUAUAUAUGUUGAUAGACAUAAUAUUAAUAUUAUGUAUUGUAUUUGUAUGUAUAUAAAUAUAUGUAUUGUGAUAAGAAUAUUUUGAUAGACAAGAAAUUAGUCAAUAUUAUUUCUUACUAAUUCUAUUGGUUGUGGUUAAUGGUUUUUAUUUUUGUUUCUUUAUUUGUUAUUUUACCAAUUAUUGUUUUACUGCUCUGCAUUGCACUUUUUUUUUUACAUUAUUUUCUUGAAAGAUCUGAUCUUAAUUAAUUUUAAGCUCACUAUGAGAAUCUGAGCCAUUUUUAAAUUAUUUCAAUCUAAGCUAAUUGGAUUUGGUUGAAGAGAAGGUGAUGUGAGCUAUUGUUUUAUAUUUAUAAUAUUUUAUCCCACCUAAGAUAAAAGAGAAUUGGUGCUAUCAUUGACAUCAUAACAAUCAAAUUAUUACCAGCUAAAUUUAUUUAUUUAUUUCUUAACAACGAAUAUUAUCAGCUUGAUGAAUUUAUUUCUGGUCCAGUCAAAAAAUAGUUGCGAAAAUUUUUGAAAAAAAGAACAUUUUGUCUUGCCUCAUUUAUCUUGCAGAUUGUUUUUCAAAUAAAUACAGGGCUGGGCAGGUUUUUCUAUUGUUAGGACAGUGGUGUUUAAAAACAUUUAUAUAAAAUAUUUAUGUUAUGGUUUUUUUAUCAUAUCCAAUAAUUUCAUUGACAAUUGAAAAUGUUCACCAGAAGAUAUAUUAAACAUCUUCCCUAGUUUGAACUAGAAAUUUACUCGCCAUUCCAUAUUUGCUUUCCAGAGAACGCACUUACCAAAAGCAAUAUAUUAUAGUAAUUUAUUAUUAACAAUACUAAAUGCAAUAUUUGUUUGUUGUAAAUCAUUAUUAUUGUAGAGGAAAUAAUAUAAUGUCAUAAUAAAUUUAUAUUUAUAUAGU